CUCGGCCCCUUAUAAGACGGGCCAACAUCGACACCGACAUCAAACACCGAAGUUCUAGACAUUUACCUACAAGACAGUUUUCAUGUCUCUGGAAGGCACCCCCUCACUAAAUACCUCACUGAAUACCUAGGAAGCCGUCGAGGUUCUACAAUCAGAACAAGAUGCAGUCGGGAAUAUCUGUAUCUCAGGAGCUCAUCUCCAAAUUCAACACUCUUCUAUCCGACUCCUCACAAUUCGGACUUCUCGUAACCAUCACGGGGGAGUCUCUAACACCAAAAGAUACCCUCACCGGCGCCUCGAGCGAUUUCUCCUCCAACCUCUCCAAGCUAGCCCCCCACUUAAAACCCGACGAGGCGCUCUACAUCCUCCUGCGCCGAUAUGACACCGCUCCGUACCUUAUAGCUGUGACAUACGUGCCGGACUCGGCCAAGGUCCGGCAGAAGAUGUUAUUUGCAUCGACGAGGUUGACACUCGUGCGCGAGCUGGGCUCCGAACACUUCCGCGAGACUAUAUUCAUGACCACAGCUGAAGAGCUAAGUGCUGCCGGUUUCGAGAAGCAUGACCGUCACAGCGCACUUGAAGCGCCCCUUACCGAAGAGGAAAGGACACUUGGCGAGGUGAAAAGGGCUGAGGCCGAGGCCGGUGCCGGCACGGGAACUCGCGAGAUCCACCUUAGCACACACAUGAAGAUGCCCGUUGCUACCGACGCCUUAGUUGCCUUAAGUGAACUAGGUCGCGAGGAAGGCAGCGGCUUAGUGAUGUUGAAAAUCAACUCUGACACCGAAGUCGUAGAGCUAUUCCCUAGCUCCGAAAUACCGAAAACCAUCCCCGAGCUCGUGAAGACUAUCUCGCCAACCGAACCGCGCUUCACCUUCUUCCGAUACAAAGCCACUCCGCCGCGUGGAGGCGAGGAGAAGAACGUUGUGCUCUUCUUCUACACAUGCCCCGCCAUGCCAGGAACCAAGGCCAUUAAGUUCCGCAUGGUCUACCCUCUUAUGAAGCGCGCCGUGCUCACAGUGGCCACGACUGAGGCAGGGCUGCAGAUCGAGAAGAAGUUCGACGUCGAGGACCCGAGCGAGAUCACGGAGGAGAUCGUGACGUCGGAGCUGUUCCCCGAAACGGAGACGAAGACGGGUUUCAGGAGACCCAAAAGGCCCGGGAGGUGACCUUGAUUAGUAUGAGCCAUCAUGUGAUUAUAACGAGAGUAACGCUAGCGUGACCGGAUGAUAGAUGACGAAUCAAUGCGAUUGUAU